AACUUAUCAUACACAUGAUGAACAUAUGUGUUUGUCAAGUUUCGUUUUAUUAAUCUAAUGGAAUCUAUAAGGACGGAAAAAUAAACAUUUUGUUAAUAACUUUGGUGUAAACGUAGCUUUAUGAAUUUUCUCUAUUUCCGUUGAUUUUAUGUGUGUAUCAUAAAUUAUUGAGAAUGGCAAUAAUUUUCAUAUGCUUGACAUCCUUUAAAACUUCAUGCAACCAUGACAACUUUUAUAUUCACAUCCAUCUGGCCAUGUGAACAUCACACACAAAAUUUCCCAUUCAUACUACAUGAAAAAUAUUAAUAUUUCUCUCAAAGAGUGACAAUUUUCAACAAUUAUCUUACUUGACAAAUUCAGGUCGUACGGUACUGAUAGAUCAAGCCAUUCCAUUAAUUCAAAUGUAAUUUACACCAACUCAACUAUGGAAUCAGGGAUUCAUAGGACAUCUUCUAAAUUAAGUGGUGAAAUGUUACGUGAUAUUGAAACACAGCCGAACGUUUUGGAUGAUUUUGAAAGACAGUUUUGGGCUGACGAUGAAAGAGAUUCUUCCAGCUCUGAGGAUCGUCUCUUGUCAAUGCAAGAUUUUAAAAAGAGAGUGCAUCGCCCUCGAUUGGUGAAUGCUAACAGAUUCCAUUUGAAAAGAAGGAAAUGUCUGAAAAGAACUCCUCGAAGUGUAGUGGGGAAGCUUCGAGUUUGUUUGAAAAGAAUUGAAAGGAGAGUGAAGCCUUCCUUUCCAAGUUUGAACAGUGAUGAGGCCUUCGAACCGAACUGGAAUUUCUCCAAUUUACCAACUGCAGCAAAGUAUACACAAGAUUAUCAACAAUCGCCUUCCAAUUCAAGCACGGAUAUAAGAAUGGAACGAAAAUGCGAUUGGAUCACUUGGCGGGCUCGAAAGCUUACGCUGUCAAUCCCGAAUAAUGAAGAUCAACGAGAACCAACCAGACUGCCACACAUUAGAAGAGCUGUUGUCUUUUACAACCUUCCAAUAGGAUUAUCAAGAAACAAGUUUUAAUUUACCAUACUCAAUUUACAAUUAAUAUGUCAUAGAGACAAUUGAAAUUUUUGAAUGAAUUUAUAUAAUCGAAUUUUAUUCAUUUUUGAGACGAUCAUUCAAUAAACUGAAUUCAACUGUAA